CCGGAUUACUCCCAGUCAAUUCAAUACUUGGUAUUUAGAAAAAACAUCUUUGCAAGAAGGAUAGCUAGAGAUUCAUCGGAAAUACGCUAGUUCCUGUAUUGGUGAAAGGGGGGGGGGAAGAGACCCUAAUUCCUGCCAUUAUGAUGGGGCAGUUUUCUUGAAUUGGAGCUUAGAAUAUAUCCACUUGCUCCAUGUGAUUAAUCUUGUGCCAUUGUUUUGUUCUUUUAAAUAUAUUACUACCCACUUCAGCAUGAGAAGGAGAACACUGUAUAUUAAGGACUGGCCACGCACCUUUUGACAUAGGAAUGCGCCUGCUUCUGUAAACGAGAUCAUCCAUUCAUCAUGGCCCCUCUUUACCUCCUCUUCUUCUUCUUACUAUUCUCAGCGUGUUCAACAGCAGAUCGGAUAACCACUGUGUUUGUUCCGCUCUCAAAAGAUUCUGCAACUCUCCAAUAUAUAGUGGAAAUCCAACAAGGGACUCCCCUCAAUAAGAAGAGAUUGGUGGUCGAUCUGUCUGGAGACUUUCUGUGGCUUCACUGCAAGUCCUCAGCCUACAAAUCGUCCACCUACCUUCCCAUCCCAUGUCACACUACUCUCUGCACUGCCUCUGGAUCCGUCACAUUCGGCUGUGGGGACUGCUCCAACGUGCCGCCAGGAACAAAAUCAUGCAGAAACAACACUUGCCUCGAGCAAGCAACGAAUGGAGUGACGGGGACUCAGAUAUUUAACGGAGAGCUCUCCCAAGACGUAGUUGCGCUGUCUCCCAGAGAUGGAAAGAGGGCGUUCCCUGCUUCCAAAGUAAUCGUUGCACAAUUCGCUUUCGCCUGCGCUCCAUCCACUUUACUGCGCGGCCUGGCAAAGGGGGCGGUGGGAAUGGCGGGCUUGAAUUGGGCACCGCUGGCUCUGCCGUUUCAGCUCAACGUGGCCCUCGAAUUAGAAAGGAAAUUCGGACUCUGCCUGCCUGCUGGCAACUCUUCCGGUGCCGUUUUCUUUGGCGCCCCGCCUUAUCUCCCAUCCAUUAAGCUCAACUACACCUUCCUCCUCAUUCCCAAGUACCCCAGAGAAUAUUACCUUAAUGUUAAUAGCAUUCAGGUAAACGGAAAGAGAUUGCCAAUCGAUCCAGAGCACCUGAAGUUGAAUUUGCAGGGCAACGGCGGAACUAAACUGAGCACAGUGGUGGCAUACACACAGGCUGCGAAGCCCAUCUACACUGCCAUCCAUGAUGCGUUCAUUAAGGAAGCGGAGGUCAUGAGCAUCACACGCGUGGAGUCCACAAAGCCUUUUGAUGCCUGCUUCGAUGCCACUACCGUAGGCUCCACUAAAACUGGACCCGCUGUGCCUGUCAUUGAUCUCGUUCUGGAUAACGAGUAUGUGUUUUGGAGGAUUCAUGGGGCCAAUUCUGUGGUUAAGGUGAAGGAGGGGGUGAUGUGUCUGGCAUUUGUGGACGCAGGGGAAUUCCCUGUCGCAUCGAUGAUUGUGGGAAGUCAUCAGUUGCAGGACAAUCUGCUGCAGUUUGACUUGAUCGAGUCGAAGCUAUAUUUCAGCUCUUCCUUGCUGGCCUCCAACACUGCAUGCUCCAAUUUCAAUUUUAAUUAAGAUUCACAUGUUGAUUUGGUG